AUGGGAUUCCGCAAAGCCUUCUUGAUCACCAGCAUCCUGAUCCUUUUCUUCACCACGGGCAAUGCUGCCAAUUCCAAGCUGUUUAGGGAGUACAUUGGUGCCAUGUCUAGCUCGAUCAAGCUCUCUGACGUGCCUGUAAUUUCUAAUGUCGAAUUCCAUUUCAUCAUUGCGUUUGCAAUCGACUACACAGGCCUUGAAAAUCCAUCACCAACCAAUGGAAAGUUCAACGCUUUUUGGGCAUCCAGCCAUGUGACCCCGGAAGAAAUUGCAUCGGUAAAAGACAAGCAUUCUAAUGUCAAGGUUGCUGUUAGCUUGGGUGGAGAUAGUGUUGGAAGCAAGAAGGCAUUUUUCGCACCAAAAUCUAUAGAUUCUUGGGUCCAAAAUGCCAUAUCUUCACUAACCAGUAUGAUAAAACAAUACAACUUGGAUGGAAUUGACAUUGACUAUGAGCACUUCAAGUCAGAUCCUCGUACAUUUGCCGAGUGCGUAGGAAGGCUGAUAACGACUCUAAAGAAAAGUAGGACCAUAUCAUUUGCUUCAAUUGCCCCUUACGAUGACGGGGAGGUCCAAAGCCAUUACUUGGCCCUGUGGAAAAAAUAUGGGCAUGCAAUUGAUCAUGUAAACUUCCAAUUUUAUGCCUACGAGAGAUCAAGCGCGUCUCAGUUUGUCAAGCAUUUUGAUGAACAAGCCUCUAAUUAUGGAGGGGGUCAAAUCUUGGCUAGCUUCAGCACUGAUGAUGAGAGUGAAGGGGGUCUGGAUCCUGACGGUGGAUUUUUUGAAGCUUGCAAGGAAUUACAAGGCAAAGAAAAGUUGGGAGGUAUUUUUAUUUGGUCUGCUGAUAAUUCGAAGAAGCAUGGAUUUGAAGGCGAGAAAAAUUCUCAACAUCUUCUAGCUGCUUGAUUGCGCUGUCAUCUGUAAAUGAAAAAUAAAGGGAUCUGUGCUGUGUUAAUUGCGCAGCAAAAAAGUCCAUUGGGCGGCUUGAUUCAACUGGGCUUGAAUAACCUGGAUGUACUUGGGGGAUAUAAUUAUUGUAUUGUAUGGCUU